UCCAUAAAACGUAAAAUAAAGCAUUUUCACGUCGUAGUCGUGCAGUCACGGCAAAGAAAUAUACAAAAAAGCGUGAUGCACGUACAGGGUUGCUGUUUGGCUAAUCUACACCCAUAACUUCGUAGCUGUCGCCGUCGUCUUUGCUUAAGCUCCCUAAUAUUCAUUGGCGUCUGAACAUUAAACUGGAUCUUGAGUUCAGAGUAUUUAUUUUCAAUGUUAUUCAGGUGCAUCAAUAAUUGCGCGAGAAAAGUUAGUCCCAAUAAGCUCAUGAAGCUUGAGGUCUUUUGUGGAAGAAUGCAGUGCGCCACGAUUGCCACAUUUUCAUGGACCAUUCAUAUUCUUAUAACGAAUCAUCAAGGUGUCUCCAUCUGGGAAGAACUGAAAAACGCUAGUGGCCUGAUAAGGACUAGUGAAGACACAACACAGUUUAGUAUAUCCAGCGUGGAUAGUGUGAUUCCAGUCAGGGAUGGGCAGGAAUUCCAAAUCAAAGUAAAUUCGUUUGAUAACAAUGGGCAGCCUCAGGAACAAGAGGUCUAUUCCUUUCUCGUUAACUCGCCCCCAAAAAACAUUCAAGGCACAGACAGUGGCUGCAAAGUGACACCGAGAGAGGGCGCCGCCAUUCUUACAGACUUUUAUGUGACUUGUUUGGGUUGGUACGACAAAGAUAUACCACUCCGUUACGCUUUUAAAUACACGUUUAGUUCUAGUACGGUUAUCAUUCAAGAUGGAAGUAUUGGAAAUGUGACAAGCAAACUGCCUCUAGGUGACCCUAAAAAAGAUCACGAACGCAUACUGGAGCUGCAAAUUAUUGACGCUUUUGGAGAAUAUACAAGCGUUUUUGUAAAAACAAAGGUGAGGGUGUUAUUUAACCUUUGCUGUACGAAAUUACCUAGACCACACCUCUCAAAGGAAUAUUUCUUUGACAAACGUAAUCUAUACUAUAGUUGUCGACUUAUCAUUUUGAUUAUCAACAUUUUUGCCAUCAUCACUCUCAUUGUCAUUAUUAUAUUAUUGUCACCUAGCUUUCACUACCAAUACCAAUGUGAUUGCCGUUAUCAUCACCAUUAUCAUUGUCACUGUCUUUGCCAUUGCUAAUGCUAUUGCCAUUGUAACUGCUGAAUUAUCGUUGUCAUGGUGAGUACCAUAGCCAGUUGCUAGUGUCAUGGGCAUGGUCACUCGUUUUCAAUGUCUGUAUGAUAAUAUUUUAGUGUCAGUGGUACCAAAAGACAAGGAAGUAAUGGAGGUAAAAGUAGUAGUCUAAAUAUAGAUUGAAGUGUAGGCUUUCUAAAACUUUCCCUCAGUCGCGUAAUAGUUUGCGCUUGUGUUUUUCUUGUACUUUUUAUUAUUCCAGGUGAAACCACCACCUGCAUCGGAGGCCCUGUUGAGACUAAUCAAAGUUGCUGAAAAUGAAAUGGAGCUGUUGGUUAACAACAAAGACGUAGAAAAAGCGGCAGAUAUGGCCAUAACGAUACUCUCUGUUGUCGACAACAACGAUAAAUUAAAACAAGACGAAACGGUGAGAUUGACAAACAUCAGUUAGUGGGGUUUAGAAAGAUUAGAUUUAUAUAGUUGAGUAUAUCAAAAUUGUCUCCGAAAAAAAAAAGAACUUAAAGAAAGGAGUAAAUUUUAGGUCGCCGUAGCAGUUUUGAGCAAAGAAACAACGAAUUUAUGGCUAAGUGUACGGUGUGAAGGAACACAGCAGUAAGGAAAUAGGUCAAUUUUGUCAUUGUGCAUCGUGCUUGCACGAUAAUCGUGCAUGAGAAGCCUAUAAACGUGUAUCGAACCAGAAUUCCAUCGAUCGUGCAUAGAUAGUGCCUUCAUGGUGCCUUUAAUGAGCCGUAACUGUGCUUUCAUCGAGCCUUUUUCGAACAAUCGUUGAUAUAUCAUUUGAAGAGAAAACUAUGGUGUUCAAAAGAGAAAGAAAUAAUAAAAAUAAAUUGGGGUAUUUAAGUUGCUAAGAAAGUCCGUUGUGUAUCAUACUCUACGAGUGUGUCUUGUUCUGAAGGUGUCAUCGUACCACUCUCUGCGCGCUUAAGCAACUUAUCGUGCUUAACUGUCGCCUUCAUCGUGCUUAGAUAUGGCCGGCCUCAAGGACAAAGGCACGAUGCACGAAAUGACAAAGAACGAUAAUCGAGCCUCUACGCGCAGUUAUGCAUCGUGCCUUGGAAAUUUGGUGUAUUGAAAAAUACUUUCUAACACUAAAAAGGUGUUUUUUAUUUAAUAAUCAUGGAAAUUCAGCCAUAAAUUUUGAGCUGAGGAGAAACUUUGGUAUAUGUGCAUCUCUAGAUGCUUUGUCUAUUCUGGUCAAAACAGUUUUUUUUUUGUAGAGGUAACUGAGACCGAAACUGAGAGUAGGCCAAAAUGGCGUCUUUUAACUACACUACAUUUCGUUCACAACAAAUUUAUUUUUUUCAAUCAAAGCUUUAUGCAGAAAAUAGGUAGUCGCUAAAAUGCAAGUUAAUUGCGCAUCAACUGUGCAUAAAAUCAAGUUUCUAUUCAU